AUGUUGUUGUACGAAGACAUUAUCUCGGGAGACGAACUCUUCUCCGAUGCCUUCCCCAUGAAGGAAGUCGAUGGCAUCGUGUAUGAGGUUGACUGUGCGAUGAUCGUUGUGAAAGCUGGAGCAGAUGUCGACAUCGGCGCUAACCCCUCCGCUGAGGAGCAGGAUGAGGCUCUGGAAGACGGCGCCACCUCAGUAAACAACAUCGUCCAUUCCUUUAGGCUUCAGUCGACAUCGUUCGAUAAGAAGUCAUACUUGGCUUAUCUCAAAGGUUACAUGAAAGCGGUGAAGGAAAAAUUGCCCGCAGAGAGAGUUGCCGAGUUCGAGAAAGGUGCAGCUGCAUACGCCAAGAAAAUCAUCGCCAAUUUCAAGGAUUUCGAAUUCUACACCGGCGAAAACAUGAAUCCAGACGGUAUGGUUGCACUCCUCAAUUAUCGCGAGGAUGGUGUCACCCCAUAUUUCACGUUCUGGAAAGAUGGGACCAAACAGGUGAAACUUUGA